AAGCAAGCAAUGUGACAAAUGCACCAGCAAACGAUAUCCAGGACGGGACAGCCGAGAGCUUCGCCUACUCUAACUGACUCUAAAACGUCCGAUGCAUACGUCGUUUAUGUAAUUUGAAUAGAGGCAUCUUUGAUGUACAUGCCUUUACGCCGUGAAUAACUCUAAAAAAGAGUUUGGUGGGAAUUUCAAAAAUAUUUCGAGAAAAUUCGCGACGGAAGACUGUGAUAAAAAAAUCUAUUUGCUUCGUGUAUAAUACUCCUCAGUAAAAACAAAAGCUCCUCCUGGAAAGAGUGUUAUGUGGAAGAGCGUGCUGUCCAUAUGCCCACACAUCUUGAGCUUUUCGCCGGUGAGAGGGUAGCUGUGACCCGUAGAGGAUGUUGAGCAGGCUGAAGACGCAGUCCUGAAGAUUGAUGGAGGGCCAUGCUAUUCAAACAGCAGGUGUUGCUUAGACAGAAACUCUUCGUGCUGGGCAGCCUUGCUAUUGGGAGUCUCCUGUAUCUAGUGGCCAGGGUUGGGACCUUGGAUAGGCUACAGCCAAUUUGCCCCAUUGAGAGUAGACUGGCCCCUCCUGGCCUUGCAGACCAGAUCUCCUUAAGGACCCUGCAGUACAAGCGCAGCCUGCUCCACGAGCUCCGCAAAGGCAAUGCCACCAAGGAGCAGAUCCGCCUGCACAACCUGGUGCAGCAGCUACCCAGAGCCAUCAUCAUUGGGGUGCGCAAAGGGGGCACCAGGGCCUUGCUGGAGAUGCUCAACCUGCACCCGGCCGUGGUCAAGGCCUCCCAGGAGAUCCACUUCUUCGACAACGACCAGAACUACGCCCGCGGCAUCGACUGGUACCGGGGGAAGAUGCCCUUUUCUUUCCCCCACCAGAUCACCAUUGAGAAGAGCCCGGCCUACUUCAUCACCGAGGAGGUUCCCGAGCGCAUCUUCAAGAUGAACUCCUCCAUCAAGCUGCUCAUCAUCGUGCGCGAGCCCACCACGCGCGCCGUGUCCGACUACACGCAGGUGCUGGAGGGCAAGGAGCGCAAGAACAAGACUUACCACAAGUUCGAGAAGCUGGCCAUCGACGCCAACACCUGCGAGGUGAACACCAAGUACAAAGCGGUGCGCACCAGCAUCUACACAAAGCACCUGGAGCGCUGGCUGAAGUACUUCCCCGUGGAGCAGUUCCACAUCGUGGAUGGGGACCGGCUGAUCACGGACCCCCUCCCGGAGCUGCAGCUGGUGGAGCGCUUCCUCAACCUGCCCUCGCGCAUCAGCCAGUACAACCUGUACUUUAACGCCACGCGGGGAUUCUACUGCCUGCGCUUUAACAUUGUCUUCAGCAAGUGCCUGGCAGGCAGCAAGGGGCGCACUCACCCAGAGGUGGACCCUGCGGUGGUGGCCAAACUAAGGAAGUUCUUCCACCCGUUCAAUCAGAAGUUUUACCAGAUCACAGGCAGGACUUUCAACUGGCCCUGAGGAGACUCCUUUGGUGGAAGCACUGCCUCUCAAAAAUACUGAUAUUUAAAUGAAGCACUUUUCUUGAAUUUGAAACUUAAGGCAAACAAAAAAUGUGACCAAAUAUGUAAUUGACUACAUGUUUUUUGUCUGUAAAAGUAAGCCAAUGAAAAAAAAAAAAAAAGAUUUUUGAAAUGUGUGUUAAACUGUUCGGUUAUUCCUGUUGAUGCAAGCUCUACAGUUGCCCACUGUAAUCAAUAUGUUCACUGCUAUCCUGUAUGGACCCCGGCAUUAACUGAAGACGUUGAGAUUAUUUGUGAAAUGGCCAUAUGACCAUAUGGAAGGAUCCCACACUUUCUAUAGUGAAAUGUAAGCACCAUCCUACACACCAUAAAUAGCUAUAUUGUUAUUGGGGUAAAAUGCACCUCUGAAUGUGGAACUGAUGCAUUACAAAAGUAUGUGUCCCUUCAUUACUUUUGUAUGUAAUAAAGAGGACAUUGUCGAGGAACCAAGGCUCAGAUAAUGUUAAAGGAGGUUCAUUCUUUUCCGUAUGAAAUUAUGCAGGUGCUAUUUUUUUUCAGUUAAAACCAAUGCAGUUACAGUUCAUGGUGUAGUGUUAGUGUCUUAUAUUUUGAGCAUGUCCUCAAAUUAAACUAUGCACCUCUUUACUUUUAAUCAACAGCCAUCCAGUGAUUGUAUCCAUUCUGUAACCUAAUGUGAGUGGAAGUGUAAGAUUAGCUUAAAAGAGCAAAUAUUUUACACCAAUGUUGUAUUCCUGAUAAGAGAAGAUAUGUGAAUUAUCAGUGAAGCAUUUAAUAUGUACAAUAUAGUGGUCAAACAGACUUAAGUUAUUUUUUUUCAUUUGUUUUUAUAUGCUUACAGAAAAUCAAAGUGUUUUAUUUUAUUUAAACAAAACCUGUGGUUCAUUCUAAGUAACCGAUUCUUCACAUUUACAAGUACAUACCACUGUAUAAUAAAUGUUUCAUUCUGUGACAGAAGGAUUUAAUUAAAAUAACU